UGCGGGUUAUCAAGCAAGACGGCUUGUGUGUGUCAGUGACUGUCUCAGCCAGUGUUGCUGAAAACAGGAGAGCCUUAAAGGGAUUUGUCACAGGCACUUAUUUCUCGCUUCUACCCAACUUGUUUCGUAAUCUAGCCGUCACUGAAUUGCCGCAUAACUGUCACUUGCUGCACUUUCUUUGAAUCCGAUAUUUUCAAGCAAAUUGUAGCUGAUCCUUUCCCCUCACUCAGCUCAAACUGACCGUUUCUAUAAGAUAGAUCCUCCCCCACACUCUCCGCUUGCAUUAUAACAAUGUCGAAUGCAACGUUAUCGCCCAGCUCCGCAACCACCAGUGCCAACUCGAGCGCCACAUCCGAACCAGCUUUCCUGGAUAGUAUGAACAGCUCCGCCGGUUGGAGUGAAGCAGCUAGAUGGGCUAUUAAUGCCGUGGUGAUAGCAGUUGUCAUAGUAGCGUCAGGCUUUUUCUACUACCGGUACCGAAAACUACGAAGGAUGGCGAUGGCCCGUGAACUCCCCCCUGAACUUGCAGCCGAUGCCAGACGGCAUACUGCAGCAGGAACCCUUUCAGAGGAAGAUACAUCUGUGUUAGAUCAUGAACAAUUGGCCAUCCUGCCAGUUUCCAAGUACGACCCAGAUAAAGUUCGCAACUCAACUUGUCCGAUAUGUUUGGAAGAUUUUGAUAUUUCACGGCAUCACCGUAGGCGACAUAGUAAUCAAAGUAUGUCCAGUAGUUUUACGGAAGCCGAUAUGGUUGAUGCUAUUGUAUCCAAACCACCCAGUGUGUUAUCUGUAUCUCGAUCCUUCAAUCGUCCGCAAACGCUUGACGACACGAGUUCGACUGCUCAACGUCCCGCCAAUAGGCUCAUUCGGCGACUUCCCUGUGGUCAUGGAUUUUGUGUUGCCUGUAUAGAUCCAUGGCUGAUGCAGAGAUCCCGAAACUGCCCAAUUUGUAAAAGAGAUUGCACAACGUUGUUUUUACCAACCAGAGCAAAAUCUGAAUAUUCGUAUGAAGACUCACGAACCAGAAGAUGUGCGUCACCUACACAUUCUCCGUCCAUGCUUAGCUACAGCUAUUAUCGAUAUGGGCGACCGCAAGACGACUCGUCGCAUUUAUCCAUUCAAAUGGAUUCCAUUGCUCCUCGUCCCGACAGUGUGAUAAGCAGUCAACUUCUGAAUGAUGAAUCCGCUAGCUUGGGACGGCCACAGUCUGUUGCACGACCGGAUACUGCAAGCGAGCGAGCCAGUGAAUCUCAACACCGACGAUCGGAAAGCGAUACAUCCUUUCCCGUUCCCAAUAGCAUAAGGAGUCCCCCCGAAUCAUCCCAAGAUAUUCACUAACAACACACCCACUAUUUUCUUACUCACUCGCACUAUUUUUCUUCACAUCAUCUCCUCCCCUUGCCGCGCGCAUUCCACAGUUACCCCUUUCUGCAUAUUGUCUUUAAUACAAACCUCGGUUUAGCCAUAUCUGAGCUCGUAUGUCGUACAGUUUCAAUGCAUUUGUAUAAUAAGAAAAUAUUACCAAAGUAGUCCAAGCCUUAUUGUAACGGGACCCAUUCCAAUCUCGAUAUGAACAAUUCUACAUGGUAUUGUAUAUGCACAUACCGGCCAUUCUUGCGUAGAAUAAAGUUACGGAUAUUGGAAGUGGGC